AUGGCCGGCGGCAACGGGGAUUCAGCAAUCGAUAAUGCGGCGAAGAAUCCUUUGAGGGCCAUCAAAGCAGCGGAACCGAGGCCCGAAGGUCCAGGAACAGACACGAUAGAUUCGAUCCACCCGGUUCUGCCGUUUAUCAACAUGGACUCUACCAGCGCAUCUUCGUCGAAAGUAGUCAGCUCGCUUGCUGGGUCUUCUUCUACCUCGUCGUCGCCCAAUGUCGACUGGCUGGUUGCUCGAGUUCACCAGUUGGAGGAGAAGCUUGCCAAAGCUCUGCGCAUCAAUGAUACUCAAGAUGGGCAGAAGAGGCGUCCAUCUACACCGGAGAUGGCGGAGCCUGGGGAUGGAUUCGUGGCCAAGUCACGGUAUUACGGUCACAGUCACUGGAUAUAUGGUGUCAAUAUUCUCAAAGUUGAGCAUGAUCUUAUGGGUCAAGACAAAAUCAACCAGGGUGAUUUAUAUGCAUCACUUCUUAGAUGCAAGACAAUUGGCCGCAAGAUUAAGAAGAAUCGCCUAAAGCCACUCUCCUCUACCAAUCUUGGAGCCCAUAUGCCUACCAGAGAGCUGGCGGAUGUGCUUGUCGAAAACUAUCUCCGCACUUUUGAAGGCGUCUUCCGAGUUGUUCACAUUCCUACGUUUCGAGCUGAAUACGCGAGAUUCUGGGAGGACAGCCACCCGUCCAACGAAUCUUUCCCAAUUCUGCUCCAGCUUGUCUUGGCGCUCGGAGCGGCGUUGUACGAUGAUCACUUCUCCCUGAGGCCAAUGGCAACGCAGUUCAUUUUUGAAGCCCAAAUGUGGCUCAUGAUUCCGCCAGAGAAGAAAAGGAUGAACAUUGAGGGCAUCCAGAUACAGUGUCUUUUGCUCCUCGCCAAGUCGACUUGCAACGUCGGUGUAGACAUGGUGUGGAUGAUGGCUGGGAAUCUGGUGAGGAAUGCCAUGUUCGUAGGCCUUCACCGAGAUCCGAGAUAUCUCGGAGACUUGACGAUAUAUCGAGCCGAGAUGCGGCGUCGUUUGUGGGCGACGGUCCUGGAGCUGAACCUGCAAUUAUCCUUUGAAGGCGGAGGCUCGCCACUGCUGUCUACAGCUCACUACGAUACUCUUCCUCCCGCGAAUCUGAACGACGAUGAGCUCACGGACGAAAAGGACAAUGGCAGGCUGAACAUUAAAGGCCCAAAGGUGCCCACUCAGACGUCCGUACUGAGGGCUCUAUUGGCAACAAUUCCGCUACGCAUGAACCUCAUCAACCACGUCAACAACACGAGACCGGGCGACCACUAUGAAGAGACGCUGCGACUGAAUUCAGAUCUGACAAAGGCCUGCCGAGCCAUCUCAGAGGCCCUUCAAUCUCUCCAGGCCGCGCCCAACUCACCAAUUACGCACUUUCACGUCUUGGUCACGGAGAUUUGUCUCUACCGCUGCUUCCACGCGCUUCACCAACCGAUUAUUGUCAAAUAUAUAAAUGAUGCCAGAUUCUACUUUUCUCGGCAAAUGUGUCUGGACAGCGCCAUGAAGAUUACGCACAUUUGGGGAUUCCCGGAUGCCUGGUGUGGAGACCAAUCCACCGCCUCCGAAGCAAUGGAUGCAGACCUCAAGAGGCUAGUCACCAACGGAACAGGCAUGUUCCAUAACGUCGCAUCGCAGGCCAUGAUCAUUGUCCAAAUAGAGCUUCUCAACGCAAAGGCCGGCCAGCCUACGAGCCUAGGCUACCUCCCAACGGUAGGCAGCGCCAACCUGCACGCCCGUCUCGAAGCCACGCGGGCGUGGAAGCUCGAGAGGGUUCGGUCCGGAGAGACGAACAUCAAGGGCAUCAUCUUCGCUGCGGCUUGCCUCGCGCACGUCAAGGCCCUGGAGCAGGGCGUCGAUGUCAAGCAGAGGACGCGCAUGAUGUUUCAAGCGGCGACGGAGGUUGGGCAGCAGUGCUUUGAGAUUCUCAAGGAGGUUGCUGAGCGGGAGGGACUGCCCAGGUCCAAGUGGGAGGCUGAGACAGCGAGCCUUGAUGGUGGUUCGCUGGGGGACAUUCCUAUGGAUUGGAUGCAGGAUUGGACGUGGGAGGAUGGGCAGGGCAUCUCGUUUCCGCAGUGGGAUCCUGAUUUUGACACUGAUAAUUUCAUGGAGGAGCUGGGGUUUGAUAUUGGCGAGUUUUAG